GAGACAGCAUGGCUUCCACUUAAAACACUCAGGCUAAUACAUCCAUGAGCUGAAGUCUGCUGUUAACACAUUUUAAAGUGAAGUUCAUAACUGUGCUACCUGUUUAUCGACAUGGACACAUCUGCAGCUGCCGACGAGUCGUUUGGAAUAGAAGUGAUUAUUCCAGAGGGAGAUAAAACAGCUCCGUGCUGCCCGCAUGGUCCAACGUUGUUAUUUGAGAAAGUUGCCAAAGGAGGUGAGAAAGGCCGCAGGUUUUAUGCCUGCUCAGCCUGCAGAGACAGAAAAGACUGCAACUUUUUCCAGUGGGAAGAUGACAAGGUGUCAGAGGCCAGGUUGUUGGCCAGAGAGGCAGAGAACAAGGCAAAGAGGCCCCCGUUCAGCCAGAAGGAGUACAUUAAAAGGUUCAAAAAGUUUGCAUCCCUCCAGCUGCAUGAGAAGAAGUUCUGCGAGGAUUGUCAGAUGCUGCUCCUAUCAGGAGAUCUCAGCACCCACUACUCCCACAAAUCCAAGGCCAUCACAGCGGCUGAGCUGAGCAGGCCCAGCGCGCUGCUGCGUCCACUGGACAAUAAGAAGAGCAACGCCCAGUACCUGUUUACCGACCGCAGCUCCUACUUUCUGCUGGAUACCCUGGCUGGUCUGGGAUACAGGAAGGUGCUGAAUGUAGGAACACCCAGACUUCACGAGAUGAUCAAGCUGAGAAACCUGGAACAGAAACAUGAGCCAAUGAAGAGUCUCCUGCUGGACAUCGACUUCAGGUACGCCCAGUUCUACAACAAGGAUGAGUUCUGUCACUACAAUAUGUUCAAUCAUCACUUCUUUGAUGGAGAGGCCUCCAGUUCAGUCCUGCAGGCCUUUCUCAAAGAGUCUGACGGAGAGAAGGUGGUGAUGGUGGCUGACCCUCCGUUCGGUGGCCUGGUGAAGCCUCUGGCCAACACUUUUUCUCUGAUCUCACAGACGUGGAGGAAGCUGCAGAGCUCUGACAACAGUGAUGUGGACAUGCCAAUGAUCUGGAUCUUCCCGUACUUCUUUGAGCCUCGUAUCCUGGAGUGUCUCCCUUCAUUCAUCAUGCUGGACUAUCAGGUUGACUAUGACAACCAUCCUCUGUAUAAGCAUGGGAAGACGGGCAGGAAGCAGUCUCCUGUCAGGCUGUUCACUAACAUCUUUCCCAAAGACAUCGUUCUUCCCAAAGAAGAGGGCUACAGAUUCUGCUCUAUAUGUGAGAGAUACGUCUGGUCCCUCAACAAGCACUGUGCUAAAUGUAACGUCUGCCCAUCCAAGGAUGGUCGUGAGUGGAAGCACUGCUCAGCAUGUGGGAAAUGUGCGAAACCAUCAUGGAGACACUGUCAGUCUUGUGGCCACUGUGCCCUCCCAGACCACCCAUGUGGCCUCAGCCAAGGAAAGGAGGGCUGCUUCAACUGUGGAAGCCUGAAGCACAAACGCAAAGGCUGCCCUCUCAAAGACUCGCACAGGAUCAGCAAUCAUUGGUCCAAAGCCAAGAGCGGAAACAAAAAUGUAUCCCAUCGUCCUCUCUUCAAGCCCAAAGCUAAGAGGAAGUCUGGAGCAGCUCGCAGAGCAAAGAAGGCAGCGGCUCAGUCGAAGUGAGCUCUGUGUUCAUGCAGUGUCAAGUCAGCCGUGGAGUCAAAAGUAUUGUUUAAACUCCAAUCCCAGUUUAUUACAGUGUUAACAAUUGU